AUGAAAGCAUUUACUUUCGUCUUAUUUUGUUCAUUAUUUUUAAUGAUAUUAUCAAACACUAUCAAUACCGAUCCAUCAUCGAAUGCUGUUAUUGUUUGUCCAGAUGGUAUAUCAGUAUGUCCAUCAACUAGUACUUGUUGUAUAGCAGUUGAUGGUGAUUAUUCAUGUUGUCCAUUGGAAAAAGGUGUUUGCUGUGCAGAUCAUAUACAUUGUUGUCCUGAACAUUAUAAAUGUGAUUUAAAAAUUUUUAAAUGUGAUCGAACAAUUAAUGCAAAUAUGCUGCGAAUGAAACCAUCUUUAAAUGAAAAAUGA